AUGUAUCAUACAGGUGGUAAGACUGUUCCCCAUCGGGCGACAGCGGGGGGGAAGCAGGCUCCGAGGGGCCGCGGUGGCGAGGCGGGGGAGCUGCCUCACCCCCCCCCCCCCCCCGGGUGGCUGCUGGCGGGAGGGGAGGGAGAGGAGGGAGGCAGGCUUCCAGCCGGCAGCCACUUCUCAGAGCGGCGGAAGAAUCUGCCGGCGCUGCCGCUCGUCGGUGAUGCGGCUCUGCGUGUGGCGCGGAGGGAUCCGCGCGGGCCGCCGUGUGCCCGCCUCCUGCGCGGCGGCCGCUGCCUCCCUGAUAUAGUGCGGCACGGGGAGGCGCUGGCAGUCACUUGGCGAGCGGCGCUCCGCGGGUGAGGGGUUGCGCGGGCGCGGACGGCAGCGGGGUUUGCCUGGGCUGAGCACCUCCAACUCGGAACUGUCCACCAGCGCCAGCUCCUGAACAUGAGCCUCCUGCCUCUCUACCUGCUCGGAUUGCUCCUCAGUAGCGGGCAAGCUCUACUUCAAGUUACAAUUUCACUUAGCAAAGUUGAGCUCAGUGUGGGUGAAUCCAAAUUCUUCACAUGCACAGCUAUUGGUGAGCCUGACAACAUAGAUUGGUACAAUCCACAAGGAGAGAAGAUUGUUUCUAGUCAAAGAGUGGUUGUUCAGAAAGAAGUUGUUCGAUCACGUCUAACUAUUUAUAAUGCAGAUAUAGAAGAUGCUGGUAUAUAUCGGUGCCAAGCAACAGAUGCUAAAGGACAAACUCAAGAAGCAACUGUUGUUUUGGAAAUUUAUCAAAAGCUCACUUUCCGAGACAUAGUAUCUCCACAAGAGUUCAGGCAGGGAGAAGAUGCUGAAGUUGUUUGCCGUGUUACUAGUUCACCUGCUCCCAUUGUCAGCUGGUUGUAUCGGAAUGAGGAAGUCACAACUAUUGCUGACAAUCGAUUUGCAGUGUUAGCAAACAAUAAUCUCCAAAUUCUUAACAUCAAUAAAAGUGAUGAAGGAGUAUACAGAUGUGAAGGAAGAGUGGAAGCCAGAGGAGAAAUUGACUUUCGGGACAUAAUUGUUAUUGUGAAUGUUCCCCCGGCAAUUAUUCUGCUACAGAAAUCCUUUAAUGCCACUGCAGAUAGAGGAGAGGCAAUAACUUUGUUCUGCAGAGCCACCGGAUCACCUCCACCUGAAAUCAGUUGGUACAGGAAUGGUAAACUUAUUGAAGAAAAUGAAAAAUAUAUGCUGAGAGGAAGCAAUACAGAACUAACAAUAAGAGAUAUAAAAAAUAUUGAUGCGGGUCCUUAUAUCUGUAAUGCUAAAAACAAAGCAGGAAAUGAUAAAAAACAGACAUUUCUUCAAGUUUUUGUACAGCCUCAAAUAAUACAACUUAAAAAUGAAACCACGUUUGAGAAUGGGAAAGCCACACUCAUCUGUGAAGCAGAAGGAGAACCUAUCCCAGAGAUUACUUGGAAAAGGGCCAUUGAUGGAAUAACUUUCUCUGAAGGUGACAAGAGCCCAGAUGGCCGUAUAGAAGUCAAAGGGCAGCAUGGAAAAUCGUCACUGCAUAUUAAAGAUGUGAAGUUAUCAGAUUCAGGGAGAUAUGACUGUGAAGCUGCAAGUAGAAUUGGUGGGCACCAAAAGAGCGUGUACCUUGAUAUUGAAUAUGCUCCAACAUUUGUGUCAAAUCAAACCAUGUAUUACUCUUGGGAAGGCAAUCCUAUCAAUAUAAGCUGUGAAGUGCUAGCAAAUCCAUCUGCCUCAGUUCAGUGGAGAAGAGGAAAAUUAGUUUUACCAGUAAAAAACACAACACAUCUGAAGACCUACAGUACAGGAAGAAAGCUGAUUCUAGAGAUUGCUCCCACAUCUGACAGUGAUUUUGGACGGUAUAAUUGUACAGCCACAAACAGAAUAGGAACAAGAUAUCAGGAGUAUACACUUGGUCAAGCUGAUGUACCAUCAAAUCCUUAUGGAGUACGAGUUUUAGAGUUGUCACAAACCACUGCCAAAGUUUCGUUCAAUAAGCCAGAUUCGCAUGGAGGUGUGCCCAUUCAUCAUUACCAAGUGGAUGUAAAAGAGAUAGCCUCAGAAACCUGGAAAAUAGUUCGCUCCCAUGGAGUUCAAACAAUGGUGGUUCUCAGCAAUUUGGAACCAAAUACAACAUAUGAAAUCAAAGUAGCUGCUGUAAAUGGAAAAGGGCAAGGAGAGUAUAGCAAAAUCGAGAUCUUUCAGACCUUACCUGUCCGGGAGCCAAGCCCCCCUUCAAUUCAUGGACAACCAGGAAGUGGCAAGAGUUUUAAACUUAGCAUAACUAAACAAGAUGAUGGAGGUGCCCCCAUUUUGGAAUAUAUUGUCAAAUACAGAAGUAAAGAUAAGGAAGACCAGUGGCUAGAGAAAAAAGUGCAGGGUAGUAGAGACCACAUCAUCUUAGAGCAUCUUCAGUGGACAAUGGGUUACGAAGUACAAAUUACAGCUGCCAACAGACUGGGUUAUUCUGAACCAACAUUGUAUGAAUUCAGCAUGCCACCAAAGCCCAACAUUAUUACAGACACUAUUUUUAAUGGUCUUGGACUUGGUGCUGUCAUUGGCCUGGGAGUGGCAGCCCUUUUGUUAAUCCUGGUUGUGACUGAUGUUAGCUGCUUCUUUGUACGACAAUGUGGAUUGCUAAUGUGCAUCACCAGGAGGAUCUGUGGGAAAAAGAGUGGUUCAAGUGGAAAAAGUAAAGAACUGGAAGAAGGAAAGGCUGCUUACUUGAAAGAUGGAUCAAAAGAGCCAAUAGUGGAAAUGAGAACAGAGGAUGAAAGAAUUACCAAUCAUGAAGACGGGAGUCCAGUAAAUGAGCCAAAUGAGACAACUCCCCUCACAGAACCGGAGAAGCUGCCACUAAAGGAGGAAAAUGGGAAAGAAGCUUUAAAUCCAGAAACCAUAGAAAUCAAAGUCGCUAAUGACAUCAUCCAGUCAAAAGAAGAUGAUAGCAAAGCAUAA